UGCCUGAUCGGCCACAGGGAUGAAAGUGUUCGAGUUGAUAGGAGGGAUGGUCAUCCUCACCUCUGUGUUUUCGGCCUGUGCGGCACAAAGCCCAGUGACUGUGCUGUGCUCCAUAGACUGGUUCAUGGUCACCGUGCACCCCUUCAUGUUGAAUAACGACGUAUACGUGCACUUCCAUGAGUUACACUUGGGCCUGGGCUGCCCUGCCAACCACGUUCAGCCACACGCCUACCAGUUCACCUACCGCGUUACAGAAUGUGGCAUCCGGGCCAAGGCUGUGUCUCUGGACAUGGUCAUGUACAGCACAGAGCUGCACUAUGCUUCCAAGGGGACCUCUUCGAAGUACACGAUCCCAGUGUCCUGCACUGCUCCCCAACAGUCCCCAUGGCUUGCUCCGCCCUGCUCCGUGAGAGUAGCUGGUGGGACAGGCACCGCCACUCAGCUCGGCAGGGCAAGCUAUGACGUGUUCACCUUGUCGCAGUCCAGCCAAAGGCCUGACUGCGACUGUCCGCCUUGUGUCUUCGGCGAAGAGGAGUGUACCCAGGCCCCCCGGCACCAAGCGGAGGCUCAGGAGGGCCAGCUGGUGCGGCCGUCUGCCUCUGUGGAUGUUUCUGAAGACUGGUCUCUUUGCUUGGAUGAUUUCAUUGAGUCCAUGUGAUCCCCGGCUUUGGGGUCUCCUGUAGAUGCUUUUUCUAACAUGAGUAUGUAAUAUUUUCUAAUCUCAGACAAGUAAGUGGUUUUGGUAGCCCCUUUAUGAGUGCCUUUGAGAGAGGGCAGCUCGUGGUAUUUUCAUGAA